AUGGCACCCUCGUUCGCUGGGUUGUCGGGCAGGCCGCUGUCCCUGACAGUGUCGACUGUCGCGACUAUGGGUUUCCUGCUUUUCGGAUAUGACCAGGGUGUCAUGUCUGGCAUCAUUAGUGACAGAGCAUUCAACAACGUCUUCACCGCGACCAGGGACGACUCGACGAUGCAGGCUCUCGUGACAGCAGUCUACGAAUUAGGAUGUUUGUUUGGCGCCAUGUUCGCCCUGUUUUUCGGCGACAGGACGGGUCGACGGUGGAUGAUCUUCUCCGGCGCUAUCGUGAUGAUCAUCGGAGUGAUCAUCCAGGUCACCUCGUUCGUGGGCCACAUCCCCCUGCUGCAGUUCUUCAUCGGUCGUGUCAUUACUGGCAUUGGCAACGGCAUGAACACAUCGACCAUUCCCACAUAUCAGGCCGAGUGUUCCAAGACCAGCAACCGGGGUCUCCUCAUCUGUAUUGAAGGUGGUACCAUCGCCAUCGGUACGGCGAUUGCCUACUGGAUCGACUUUGGCGCCCACUAUGGCCCGCCUGACCUCGUUUGGCGAUUCCCCAUCGCCUUCCAGAUCAUUUUCGGUAUCAUCAUCAUCGUCGGGAUGUGGUUUCUUCCCGAGUCGCCUCGCUACCUCAUUGCCAAGGACCGCAUCGAAGAGGGCGAAUACGUCCUCGCCGCCCUGGCAGGCCGGGAGCUUCACGACCACGAGACCCAGAUUCAGAAGCAGCUCGUCCUAGACUCUCUCCGUGCCUCGGGCGCUCUCGGCAAGAAGACCAGCUACCGUGAUCUGUUCACCGGUGGUCCCAGCCAGCAUUUCCGCCGCAUGGUCGUCGGUUCUUCGUCGCAGGUCUUCCAACAGCUCGGAGGUUGCAAUGCCGUUAUCUAUUAUCUGCCCCUGUUGCUAAAGCAGAACCUUCAUCAAGAUAAUGACAUGGCCCUGCUGAUUGGUGGUAUCAACAUGAUCGUUUACGCCAUCUUCGCUACCUUCUCCUGGUUCUUCAUUGAGCGCAUCGGCCGUCGCAAGCUCUUCCUCGGCGGCUCAUUCGUACAGACCGUUGCCAUGGUCAUUACCUUUGCUUGCCUGAUCCCCGGCGAUGAGCAGAGCUCCAAGGGCGCCGUCUUCGGUCUCUUCCUGUACAUGGCCGCCUUCGGCGCCGCCUGGCUCCCCCUCCCAUGGUUGUAUCCCGCCGAAUUGUCCCCCGUCCGCACCCGCGCCAAGGCCAACGCCAUCUCGACCUGCAACAACUGGCUAUUCAACUUCACCGUCGUCAUGAUCACGCCCGUGAUGGUUGACGCUAUCGGCUGGGGAACCUAUCUCUUCUUCGCCGCCUGGAACGCCCUGUUCAUCCCCGUGAUCUGGUUCUUCUACCCGGAGACCGCCAACCGCAGUCUGGAAGAAAUCGAUCUCAUCUUCGCCAAGGGCUACUGCGAGAACAUUAGCUAUGUCCGCGCCGCGAAGGAGCUACCCAAGCUGACGGACGACGAGAUUGAGGGCGAAGCCGCCAAGUACAACUAUACCCCCGAGACGGAAGCAGAGGUCGAAAAGGGCCGCGUUGGUGAGAUUUCGCCUACAGGCAGCGCCAGCUCUGCUUGA